CUCGCCAGCGUCAGUGCGCGCUCACAUCCGCGUCGCUCAGUUGGAGUUCUUCUCCGCAGUUCAGCGAGCGUGAGGCAAUGCGAAUUCACCUGCUGGAGCACUGUGAUCACGCUGCGGGGGAACCGAAGUUGGUAUUUGGUUUAUAAAAUAUGGUUUUCACCACAUAAUAUUUGGAAUUACGGACUUUUAAUGUGGAUUGAGAGUGCAGAUAAAUUAGACAUCCCUGAGCAACUGAAGCAAGAACACUGAAGGAAAGCGAUGCAACUCGCUCCCUUCCACCAAACCUCGAGACGAAACAGGUUUUUCUUUUUUCUUUGGGAAUAUAUACGCAGUGUGGAAAAGGAUUUGGGAAGAUUUGCGUACCUUUGGGAAACAAAUCCAGUUUCGAUUAGAAAUAGGAAGGACCAGUAAGUUAAAACAGCAGACGGAGGCAGUACACACGGUCAGACUACUGAAUGCGAUUUCCCUUCCAGACAAAUCGGUUGCAUUCUCGUGACAAACUUAAGGAGUAGACACCGUCGAAAAAAAUGGAAAGAACAUCAACGGAUAACAGCGAUCAUUUGGAUUUUCUAGAUAUGGGAGUACAGAUUUAAUUUUUUUGGUCUAAAUGAACAAAUCGAUUGGGAAAAUACGAAAAAGACUCAGAAUUAUCACUGAGUUUUUGCUCGUAAUGUAAUUGGCUGAAGACAAGUCAUUUUGUGGACGGUUAAGCAGAGGUUAUGUAAUGCAAGAACUGAGAAUGACAUUUCCUUGUCACAGAGCUGCAAGCUGGAAUUUUGCCUCAAUUUGAUUAGACGCUGUUUUCGUAUAGGAUCUUUUUUGAAAAUCAACGUCGCUCUUUUUUUAGUGCCCUGCGGCACGCGAUUUUGAUGUCAGAGGAGGCUGUCGCUCCGUCGCCAUGACGACAGAGGAGUGUCCCGUGCCGCUUGGCGUGAGCCAGGUGGGGUCGGGGCUGUGUGAGGACUUCGGCCCCUCUCAGGUUGAUGACAUCAUUGAGGAGGUGGGGCCAUGCGAUGAUGCGGGCAGUGACAUCAGCACUUUGGUCGUGCCGUUUCCCGAUUUGGCGCCAGUGGUUUUCUUCUGCCUCAAGCAGACAACCUGCCCACGCAGCUGGUGCAUUCGAAUGGUGUUGAGUCCAUGGUUCGAGCGGAUUAGUAUCAUGGUGAUACUGCUGAACUGCGUCACUCUUGGAAUGUACCAGCCCUGCGAAAACAUCGACUGCACCUCGGAGCGCUGUCAGAUACUACAGGCAUUUGAUGCAUUUAUCUACAUUUUCUUUGCACUGGAGAUGGUGGUGAAGAUGGUGGCUCUAGGGAUCUUUGGCCAGCGCUGUUAUCUUGGCGAUACUUGGAACAGGCUGGACUUUUUCAUCGUCAUGGCAGGGAUGGUGGAAUACUCCCUUGAUCUCCAGAACAUCAACUUCUCCGCCAUCAGAACAGUGCGUGUACUUAGACCUCUCAAAGCCAUCAACAGAGUACCCAGUAUGCGUAUCCUGGUGAACCUGCUGCUGGACACUCUACCCAUGCUGGGAAAUGUGCUUCUGCUAUGUUUCUUUGUCUUCUUCAUUUUUGGUAUCAUUGGCGUGCAGCUGUGGGCUGGACUAUUAAGAAAUCGCUGUUACCCAGAGGAGAACUUCACCCUCACAUCUGGCAUCACCCUCCCCACCCCGUAUUAUCAGCCUGAGGAGGAUGACGAGCGGCCCUUCAUCUGCUCUCUGGCUCAGGAUAACGGCAUCAUGUCCUGCAGAGAUGUGCCCGCUCGGAGAGAGGGCGGACGGGAGUGCUGUCUAGAUAAAGAUGACGCACUGCACCGUCAGGCCCUGGGUCUGAGUGCAGAGCCAUUGGUCAAUGGCAGUGCCUCUGCAAUGGGGCUCUGUGUGAACUGGAACCAGUACUACACCCGUUGUCAUACAGGACACACCAACCCACAUAAAGGAGCGAUAAAUUUUGACAACAUAGGUUACGCAUGGAUUGUCAUAUUUCAGGUGAUCACACUAGAGGGUUGGGUGGAGAUCAUGUACUACGUCAUGGACGCUCAUUCCUUCUACAACUUCAUCUACUUCAUAUUCCUCAUCAUCAUUGGAUCUUUCUUCAUGAUUAAUCUGUGCCUGGUGGUCAUUGCCACUCAGUUUUCGGAGACCAAACAGCGAGAGCACCAACUGAUGCAAGAGCAACGUGCUCGCUACCUGUCCUCCAGCACGCUGGCUUCGCUUGUUGAGCCCGGAGACUGUUACGAGGAGCUCUUCCAGCUGGUCUGCCACAUCCUACGCAAGGCCCGCCGCCGCUCAGCCGCCCUUUACUACAUGAUCCGUGGCAAAGCCCCUCCUCCUGGGGGAGGGAGGGGGCGUGGUAAAGGAGGCGCAGGAUCGACAGGGGGAGGAGCUAAUGUGAAUGGUGGAGAAAGACAUCACUGCCAUUCAGCUCAGACACCUCACUGUAUUCACGAAACCAAGUUGGACCACAGCUCCCAACCUCUGGAGAACGCCAUCUCCCUCUCCGUUCCAAACCCACAGGAGUGUCCACAGUGUGCUGCAGCCCUGUCACUCAAGGAGGGGGAGGCAUCAACAGGGCAUUCGGCCAAUGGGGAGGAUGAGGAAAGUGCGCUGGAGGAGACCAACAGGGAUGAGAACCACUUGGACGAGAGGGGGGACGAAGACUCCGAGGACAUGCCGAGAAAGAAACGUACCUGUUUCGGGAAAUGUAAAGACGUCUGGGAUGAAAUGAGAGUGAAGCUUUGGGGUAUCGUUGAAAGCAAGUACUUCAACAGAGGGAUCAUGAUCGCCAUCCUCAUCAAUACAAUCAGCAUGGGCAUCGAGCACCAUAACCAGCCUGAUGAACUGACUAAUGUCCUGGAGAUUUGUAACAUAGUGUUCACCAGUAUGUUCACCCUGGAGAUGAUCCUCAAGCUUACUGCCUUUGGCUUCUUUGAAUAUCUGAGAAAUCCCUACAACAUCUUUGAUGGCAUUAUUGUGAUCAUCAGUGUGUGUGAGAUCAUUGGGCAGUCUGAUGGGGGUCUGUCCGUCCUGAGGACAUUCAGACUGUUGAGGGUCAUCAAGCUGGUGCGGUUCAUGCCAGCUCUACGCAGACAGCUGGUGGUCCUGAUGAAGACCAUGGACAAUGUGGCCACCUUCUGCAUGUUACUAAUGCUCUUUAUCUUCAUAUUCAGUAUUCUGGGAAUGCACAUAUUUGGCUGCAAGUUCAGCCUGAAGACAGAGGCUGGGGAUACGGUACCUGACAGGAAAAACUUUGACUCCCUGCUUUGGGCUAUUGUCACGGUUUUUCAGAUCUUAACUCAAGAGGACUGGAACAUGGUAUUGUAUAAUGGCAUGGCCUCUACCUCCCCACUGGCGGCCCUGUAUUUUGUCGCGCUCAUGACUUUUGGGAACUAUGUUCUGUUCAAUCUACUUGUGGCCAUUUUAGUCGAAGGAUUUCAGGCUGAGGGUGAUGCUAACCGUUCCUGCUCUGAUGAUGACAGAUCCUCUUGUAAUAUAGAAGAAACAGAGAAAAAGAACUCACUCCAGCUGUCAGAUGAGGCAGAGGCAGGCUCAGGGAGUGAGGGAGAGCCCACUGAGCAUCAGCCAGAUCAGACAGUUACAGAUCCCAAGAUUUCCACUUUGACCCCUAAUGGGCAUCUGGAUUUGGCACCUGCACCCAACGCCAGGGGCUUGUACCCAUCUGAAAGGCUGAGCUUUGCCUUGGGUUCCCGCAAGAGCAGCGUGAGCUCUCUGGGCAGGGCUAGCCUGGAGCAGACGACGCUGUGUCCAGGACGAGCUUCUCUGUACCACAAUUGGGGACGGCCUGCACGACCGAGUAUAUGGAGUCGCAGGUCAAGUUGGAACAGCUUGGGUCGAUCCUCUAGAUGCCUGGGGAUGGGGGGCGGAGGUAGUUUACGGGUUCGUAGCCCUCACUCUCGUCCCGCUGAGCAGGAGUCCCUGCUGUCUCCUCCGCCCCCUCCUCUGCAUCCGCCUCUUCUCUCUAGACACUUCGUCCCACGCAGAGAACGACGGGCUCUCUCUUUGGAGCUUCCGGAGCUGCUGCAGGUGCCCGGACCAGCCCUGCCUCCUCUGCACCCCCGGCAACGUAAAAAGAGCUUCUCUGGGGGUCUGGGAAGCGUUGGAGAGCACCAGGACUGUAAUGGAAAGACACCAUCAGUCCAACCACAAAUCAUCAGUGAAGUCUACCCUCAGGUUAAUACACGCAAGGACAGGGAGGAUCUGGAUGAUGACUAUAGUUUAUGUUUCCGGAUCCAGAAGAUGAUAGAAGUGUACAGACCAGACUGGUGUGAGACCAGGGAGGACUGGUCUGUCUUCCUCUUCUCUCCUCAAAACAAGUUCAGGUUGUUGUGUCAGUCCAUCAUAGCCCAUAAGCUGUUUGACUAUGUGGUGCUGGCUUUUAUCUUCUCAAACUGCAUCACUGUGGCUCUGGAGAGACCCAAGAUUCUUCAGGGUAGCCUGGAGAGGCUUUUCCUUACCGUGUCCAAUUACAUUUUCACAGCCAUAUUUGUGGGAGAGAUGACACUCAAGGUGGUGUCCAUGGGUUUGUAUAUUGGAGAGCAGGCAUACUUGCGCAGCAGCUGGAACAUUUUGGAUGGUUUCCUGGUGUUCGUGUCUUUGAUUGACAUUGUUGUGUCAAUGGCGGGUGGGGCUAAGAUCCUGGGCGUCCUGAGGGUUCUCAGGCUUCUUCGCACACUGCGCCCCCUCAGGGUUAUCAGUCGAGCUCCUGGACUCAAACUGGUCGUGGAGACUUUGAUCACCUCUCUGAAGCCUAUAGGAAACAUAGUUCUCAUCUGCUGUGCCUUUUUUAUCAUAUUUGGCAUCCUGGGAGUCCAGCUGUUCAAAGGCAAGUUCUACCAUUGCUUGGGCCUCGAUGUCAAAAACAUCACGAACAAGUCUGACUGCAUCUUGGCCCAUUAUAAGUGGGUCCAUCACAAGUAUAAUUUUGACAACUUGGGGCAGGCUCUGAUGUCCCUGUUUGUGCUGGCAUCAAAGGACGGCUGGGUCAAUAUCAUGUAUCAUGGUCUGGAUGCAGUGGCAGUGGACCAGCAGCCCAUAACCAAUAACAACCCAUGGAUGCUGCUGUACUUCAUCUCGUUCCUCCUGAUUGUCAGUUUCUUCGUGCUGAACAUGUUUGUUGGAGUAGUGGUGGAGAACUUCCACAAGUGCCGACUGUACCAGGAGGUGGAAGAGGCCAAGAGGAGAGAGGAAAAGAGACUGAAACGCAUGGAGAAAAAGAGACGGAAGGCCCAGAAGUUGCCCUACUAUGCCAGUUAUAGUCAUGUGCGACUGAUGAUCCACACUCUGUGCACUAGUCACUACCUGGACAUCUUCAUCACCUUCAUCAUCUGUGUGAACGUUGUGACUAUGUCACUGGAGCACUACAGCCAGCCUCAUUCUCUGGAGAUCACACUCAAGUACUGUAAUUAUUUCUUCACCAGCACCUUUGUGCUGGAGGCUGUCCUGAAGCUCAUCGCAUUUGGCUUCCGACGUUUCUUCAAAGACAGGUGGAACCAGCUGGAUCUGGGAAUAGUGCUGCUGUCAGUAAUGGGCAUCACACUGGAGGAGAUAGAGAUAAGUGCAGCUCUGCCCAUCAACCCUACCAUCAUACGAAUUAUGAGGGUGCUACGUAUCGCACGUGUGUUAAAACUGUUAAAGAUGGCAACAGGAAUGAGAGCACUGCUGGAUACUGUAGUCCAAGCCCUGCCACAGGUGGGGAACCUUGGACUCCUCUUCAUGCUGCUCUUCUUUAUUUAUGCAGCACUCGGGGUGGAAUUGUUUGGAGAGCUGGUUUGCAACGAGGACUACCCAUGUGAGGGAAUGAGUCGACAUGCCACCUUUGAAAAUUUUGGCAUGGCAUUCCUCACCCUCUUUCAGGUGUCCACUGGAGACAACUGGAACGGCAUCAUGAAGGACACUCUUCGAGAAUGCCCGAAUACAGGCGAAUACACCUGCAAUUCGAGCCUGCAAUUCAUCUCUCCUCUGUACUUUGUGAGUUUUGUGCUCACGGCCCAGUUUGUUCUGAUCAAUGUCGUCGUGGCAGUGCUCAUGAAACACCUGGACGACUCGAACAAAGAGGCCCAGGAGGAGGCAGAGAUGGAUGCAGAAAUUGAGAUGGAGCUGGCCCAGGGAGCACUCUGCUGCAUCAUUGGAGGGGGGACUGGAGCUGAGAGGACCAGUGGAGGGCAUCAGGGGCCUGGUUCCAGCUCUGGAACAGCAACUGUUCUACCACCAUCCCCAAACACACACACAGGGACCCACGAGCACAACAGCGCCAGGAAACUGUACUCACCGGCCCAGGAGAACUUGUGGCUGGACAGUGUAUCUCUGCUUAUCAAAGAUUCAUUUGAAGGAGAGAUGCUGAUGAUUGACAACCUCUCUGGCUCUGUCUUCCAUCAUUACUCCUCCCCACCCGUCUGCAAGGACUGCAGGACUCAUCCGCAAGAGCAGAUCCACAUGGCUGAACUGGAACAGGCGUCUCUGAGGUCAGAGCAGCUUUCAGAUAAGUCAUCCUCACCAGCGCUGCCUGAUGACCUCAGCCUGGACGAGCAGAGCAUGUACCAGAUGGCUGCCAAAGAGGGCAAGGAAAGGGGCUGUGAUGAGUGUCUAACCUCAGAAGAACCAGGGGGGAGAGGUCACAGCAGGCUACGGCGACCCUCUCGGGUUCACAGUUCCGGGAUAGAGGAUGGGCCGGCAAUGCAUGGAGGCGGUUCUCAAAGUCCACAUCAUAACACACCUGCUCGUCACAGCAUAGGUGGAGUUUCCUGUAGCAGCAGUAAUCAAGAGUACCCAGAGGUUUCUGGAGGUUCAAGCCGCUCUAACACUCUUAUUCGUCUCCCAGCUGAAUUCUUCCACCCAGCUGCCGCGGUCCUCCCUGCACCCCCAAAGGGCCGACCGGGACACAAACCAAGAGGGCUCCGUCUAACUUCCCCAGCCUCAUGGGCAUCUCUACGCUCUCCUGGAGCAAACACCAGGCUGCUCACCACACAGUAUCCAUCUCACAGUGACUCCUCCCUGGCUACGGGCAGCUCAGAGGGCAGUCUACCGACCACCAUGGAAGAAGGGCUCAGUUUCGUCGUAUCCACCCCCCAGCCCCUGUUGGACACGCUCCUCGACGAACGUGCCAGUCUCUCCACAGAGACCCUGAGACCCAGUCCUCCAGCCGCCCAGAACCUCCAAACCACGAGGGGGCACCAGCGCAGCAAGAGCAACUGUGAAAUGAACAUCAGUGCGGGAAGCACUCGACAAGGCCCCGAUGGGGAUGUAGGGAUGGUACGGUGCGGCUCAAACCUGACGUGUGACAGCCAGCAGCUCUUAGAGACACAGAGCAGUCUGUCGCUCACGUCGCUGCUUCUGCCGAGCUCUCUAGCGCCCCCGUCUGUGAAAAAGUGCAACAGCACGGGCAGCUUAGACCAGGGGACUCUAACAACCCAAGAAAAGGUGUUCACAAAAGAGCCACUGGGUAAUAUCGCCAGCCCCUGGAAAGAAAGGAAGGAAGGAGGAAGAGAGAGGCAGUUGGAGGCAGCACAAGGAAAAGACGGGGAAAGUACAAGCCAAAUAACAAUCGUGGGCUCUAGAAAAAACAGAUGAAACUCUACCUAGUGUUUUAGGAUGUUAAAAACUUUCAGCAUACAUACUUUUUACAGGUUAUCUGUUCAUUUGUCAUUUUGUUUGUUUGUUUCUGUCUGUAUUGUACAUAGUUGAGGAUAUAGAAAAAUGUUCCACUGUCAGCCUGAAGUAAAGCUUUUGUUUUA